GAAUGUAAACAGGCGCACAGUGCAACAGCAGCAGCAGCAGCAGCAGAAGCAGCAGACGGAGGAGAGACGUGAACUUGAUUCAGGGGGCGCACAGCAGCAGAGACGCCCACACAGGCUGAAGCUCAGAGACGCGCUAUAAAAAACGUGACUCGGUAUUUUACUGUCAGUGGGGAUCCUUUACUACCUUCAAACCACCAUGCAACAGCCAGAGCGAUUCAGCCGUGGAAAAUACUAGCCUACACACGGAGCAGUGGAGUUUAUCAAAGGGAAACAUGAUUUCUGGUCAUAAGAAAAAAAGACAUUUUCACAUCUGUUUGUGGAUUUUGCUGAAAUAGUUUCAUCGACCCUGCCAUUGGAGUAUCUCUGGAUAACUGUUUGACAAGGAAAAAUAUCUUUUGGUUGUUCUGCUGGAUUGAGAAGGAUAUCUGAACUAUAUGGUGCCUCUCUUAGGUAUGGACUCAUGACUCUCAGAGUUCAGUGAUGUUAGCUUUGAGUCACUACAACUCCUCGGCCUCCCCGCUCCUCCCUACUUUCUCUAAUGACAGCGGAGAGAUGGUGGAGGCCAGGUUGUUUGCUGGAGGGCUUUCGCAGCAGGGGAACUUCACCUCGGUGGAGCCCACCACCAGCGGUGUCAUUGUGGUCGUACUGUCCAUGACUUUGGGCAUCAUCUCCAACAUUGUGGCCCUCUUCAUCCUGGCUAACGCCUACUCCCUCCAGCGCCGGCGCUCCAAAGCCACAUUCCUUCUCUUUGCUACAUCACUGGUGAUCACAGACUUCAUCGGACACUUGAUCCCAGGUGCCCUGGUUCUCCGACUCUACCUCUCUGGAGGUGUGCGCCCAGAGGACUUCAACUCCUCUGAUGGCAUGUGCCAGUUCCUGGGUGGCAGCAUGGUGUUCUUUGGCCUGUGCCCACUCUUCAUGGGCUGCGCCAUGGCUGCUGAGCGCUGCCUGGGUGUCACUAAGCCACUGCUGCACUCAUCUCUGGUCACCAAAACCCGCACUAAAAUAUGCCUCUCUGUCAUUUGGCUGGCAGCUCUUUGUGUGGCCAUGCUGCCGUGCUUUCAGCUGGGCUCUUACGCCUACCAGGACCCAGGGACGUGGUGUUUUAUUAAAGUGCUCAGUGACACUCAGGAGGUGGAUGUGGCAUUUGUGGUGCUCUUCUCUGGACUUGGUCUGACCUCCCUCGCUGUGGCGCUGGUGUGUAACACAAUCAGCGGACUGACGUUGGUGCUCGCUCGGCUCAGGAGGAGGCCCGGCUCUCAUCAUUCAGCCAGGUCUCAUGAUAUAGAGAUGGUGGUACAGCUGGUGGGGAUCAUGGUCACCUCGUGUAUCUGCUGGAGCCCUCUGCUGAUCUUUGCCCUGAUGUCCGUGAUCCGCUCCUACACAGGAUCUAUCGGAGAGGACCUGUCCAACUAUAAAGUCCUGAUGGUGAUGGGCGUCAGACUGGCCACUUGGAACCAGAUCCUUGACCCCUGGGUCUACAUUCUGCUGCGCCGCACCGUCCUCCGCAAAAUCUACCUCAUCGCUAAGUGCCAGGCGGGCCUCAGGGGUAAUAUAUUAAGCCGCUGGGAGCCCACGUCCUUUCCCAGCUCGGAGAAGAACGAUGUCAGCCAAGUCUGAGCUGAGAGGGAGACUGAUGUAGUACACUGAGGCUGUACUGUGUCACCAGGUCACCGAACAUAUGCAGGACUCGGAGUGCCAGGACCUUAAAAAAGUAGAGAUCCACACGGAAGCAGGUGGAAGGAAUAAACUUUGUGGCUGUGAUGGCAGAGUUGAUCACAUUAAACCUGCAGUUUGACAUUUCUGGGCUGGUCCACUUUAGAAAUGUUUAAUGGACACAAUCAAAAUAUCUCUUUCAUACUCCAUCGACGUUUACCAUUGAGUUCAUUUUCUUACCUUACAAAUGGAAGCUAGCUAAUGCUGUGAUUUUGCACAAAGUAUCAUAAACUUUCUACUGUUUACUUAUAAUAAGUGAACAUUCCUUACUGCAUAUUUCUCAUGUGGACUACAGUCAUCCAUGUAAACCCUAUAACAGUAAAGGGCAGAGAUGUAGGCAAUGUGAACGCAGCACUAAACAUAUUCUGCCCUGAGAAACUCAAAACAAGGUUUGUAGGAGUGUUACAUUUAGAUGGACUUAGGAUUAUUUGGUUUUAUUUCUCAGUGUAAGAGGUAAAAAAAAAAAAAAAAAAGAAAGAAAAGCCCAGUGACUUGCUCUUAAAUUCAAUGAAUGUGGAAAAACUGAGCUGUAUCAGUGUAACCAUUAGAGGGAGCCCCAGAGUAAACCCUUAAAUAUCUAGAAUGUAUUUGUAAUGUUAAGUAUUCAGCUGAAUGUAUUUCAUUAAGGAAGGUCAACGUUCAAUUACUGUGGAGUUUAUGUACGUUUAAGUAUGCUUAAGUAUGCUGUGUUAAUACAGUGCUUCAUGUGAAAUAAUAUAAGAUUUUAUAAGUUAAUACUUGAAUUGUACCCUCAAUUUACUGAGGACAUGUCAAGAAUGUAAAUAAAGCAAUGCAAUGUG